CUCUUAAAUUAAACUCUUUUGAGCUGUUUUUGUUGUUAUCAUUAUAUUUGUCUAAACAUAAGUAUCUUUAGUUGUGAAUAAGAAAUUGAAGAAACCAAGGGUGGUCUAAAAAAUUUUUCCAUUACUUUAUUUAUAGAUAUAUAUAACUUAAAAGAUUGUAUUCAGCAUCACAAAAGUAAUUUUGUGCAAAAAAAAAGCCUAUGUAAAAAUGCAUCUUCAAAGAGCAUUUCCUAUUUCAGUGACAGAAGUAUUGCACAGAUACAGAUCCCUCACAUUGUGAUUUCAUCGGCAACCCAGAUACUUCCUUGUCUGCAUCACAGAAAACCUACCGAGGAAUUACGCUGAUUCUUAGAAUCUGUGAGCAUUUACAACUCCCUUUAUUCCAGAUCUGGACCAUGUACAACACCUAACCUUUGUUCUAAACCUGCACUGUUUAAAGCCUGUGGAUUAACUUAUCAUGCACAAUACAAGUGACUCUACGAAUCUACUUUGUACAACAAAAUUUCUAUUUUUACUUUAAUAUAAGGUGCAGAAAUGCAGUUGCAGUGUACGUAUGAUGUGUGCGUGCGUGCGUGCGUGAGUGCGUGCGUCCGUGCGUGCAUGCGUGCAUGUGUGUGUGUGCAUCCAGCUGGUUUGUACUUUGUGUGUGCACGUGCAGAAUGUGUGUAGAAGUUUAUCUGGUUGCCUGACUGCAGCUGCACAGUCAUCUGCAUCUGUUUGUUCUUGUUUGUGUGAGGUAGUCUCUGUCCGUGUCUCCCCUGAGUAUGCAUGAGUGCAUCUCACAAACACCAUCAAGUUAAAUUUAGUCAGGAAAAUUGGCACAAAAUGUGGAAUAUAUUGAUGUCAUUUUUUAUGUAAUUUUUAAUCUUAUAUAUAACAAAUUAAAUAAAUGGUGGAUUAAAAUAAAUUUUAAAAAAGACAUUGUUGAAACUGAAGCUUUACUGCUAAAAUCUACAUGGAAAUAAACACUUUAUUUGCAAAGAGAUAUUCAUUUACUUUUUUUAUUGUUUAUGUGGCCUAGUUUCUACCAAUGUAAAAUCAGUUUCCAAGUUCACUUCACAUUCAGUGUCAUUACAUAAUUAUGGUAGGAUGAUGCAUGUGAGUACACUGCUUGUAUUCUUUUACUCUUUUCCAUCCAUCCAUUAUCUAUACACCACUUAAUCCUCAUUAAGGGGCUGGAGUCUAUCCCAGCUGACAGGUUGAAGGCAGGGGACACCCUGGACAGGUCACCAGUCUAUCGCCAGUGAAUGCAACAUGCACUAUUUAUUGAAUUCUAUCCAUUCUUUUUAAAGACACUACCAUUCAAAAGUUUGAGGUUAUCUAGGCAGUUUCAUAUUUUCUAUGAAAACUCACACUUUUAUUCAUGUGCUAACAUAAUUGCAUAAAGGUUUUCUACUCAUCAAUUAGCCUUUCAACACCAUUAGCUAACAUAAUGUAGCAUUAGAACACAGGAGUGAUGGUUGCUGGAAAUGUUCCUCUGUACCCCUAUGGAGAUAUUCCAUUAAAAAUCAGCUGUUUCUAGCUAGAAUAGUCAUUUACCACAUUAACAAUGUCUAGACUGUAUUUCUGAUUAAUUUAAUGUUAUCUUAAUUGAAAAAAAUGAUUUUCUUUCAAAACUAAGGACAUUUCUAAGUGACCCCAAACUUUUGAAAGGUAGUGUAUGUAUGAGCAUUUAUUGUUCCAACACACGGCACCUCUACAACAGAAUGGACACCAUGAAACAACUGGGUACACAAUUUAAAGGAAAUGAUAAAAGGCUGAUUGAGAGUGGAGUCAUAGACCAGAAAACACAAGUUAGUUUGUCCACUUUUUGCAUUAUGUAGCUCCACAUCUGCGCUACGUACAGUUAAUGAGGUUGUCGGUACUGCCUGUGGAUUGUUGUCUCACUCUUCCUGAAGGACUCAGUCAAGUGUCCAGACAUUUUGGGGAACUGAAUCAUGUUACUGGACACGUCCAUCGAAAACUGUCUGAAUCCAUUUCUGAGAGAUCAAAUUGUGACAUUCAAGUGCCUGACUGCAGUCCUAACGAAUAUCCAGGAGCUUGUUUUCAUCUUUCUCUUGUCAUCAGUGGCGUUACGUCAUUUGUAUGAAGCUGCAUUUUAUAAUGGCCUUUUAUAGUCACUGGUCAAUGUACUGGUCACUAUCUGGUCAUAGUCCUUUAAAGCCACACCUUAAAAGAUGUAGAUUGAUACAGAAUUAGUCACCAACGGAACAGCUCAAAAACAUUUUGUGAACUGACUGAACUGAACCCUUUUCUAUCCAACAACAAUAGAUUAACUUUUUUUUAUUCUAACUCAGAAAAGACACAUACUGUGUUUUUGUUUCAGUGUAAACAUGAAAUUUAAGAUUGUCAGUCCUGAACUUCCAUAUGUUCUUCUUUUACUUCCUGUUUUCAUAUGAUUAUUCAUACAACUGUUGAACCAGGAAAUUAUGUACAAUUAGAUCCUCCUAUGCGCAGUGAUUUGACCAGCUUUUCAGUUUCAAAAAGUCAUCACCACACAUAUCAAAGACACAGAUCAUAUACAGGAGGGCAGACAAAACAAAACAUUUUUUGCAGUUAAAUGUAGCCAGAAAUAAAAGAAACUUUGCAACUCAUUCAGCCAGUCUGUGCCCCGACAUGACUUUCCAUAUAGAGAAUGAACUGAAAACACUCUGUGGUGUGAUUUUCCAUACUGUAUGAACAUACAUGUGCCCCCGGGUUUCACAUUCAUUUAGAAGAAGCAGCUUCAGACUGAAUGAAGCUUGUUCUCUCUUGAUAUCACAUGCAGCUGCUUCCUUAAAAAUCCACAGCUGUGUCUCUUUCCUUCUUGAACAAUAGCAAUGUUUCUCACCACAGACAGCUUCCUGGUUUCUCCUCUUCUGCUGACUGUGAUCUAAGGUUGAGCAGACAUUUAUUAGGCAAAAAAUCCCCUGGUGACCACACAAACACAUAUAAUGUAGUGGGUCAUCUUCCUCACAGGAAAAGCUGCACACUCCUUUUGUUUCAUCUUCCUAUAUAUAGAAAAUAUUUAGGAUUACAAAACCUUACUUUCCGUGACACAACAUUCAGGACUGUACUUUUGAACCCAUUUUAAAGCUCAAAACCGUCAUCUAUUAACAUGCUCAAAUCCACAGAGUCAUAAAGAAACUUUGCCAGUCAAUGUCCAGAACAGAUUUGCAAAAAGAGAAAGUAAGUAUAACUUAAAAGGAAACAGAGAUCUUCAGAAAACCAAGAUUUAGGACCGAAUUAAUGGAAGGCUCCAUUUACAUAAAAGGAGUCAAUUUAUCUACCAAUCUAAAGAGUUUAAAUCACACGCAAGAUAGAAAAAUGUGAUUAAAACCAGCAUAUUAAUAAAAUAUAAAGAAAUGAAUUAAGAGUUUCAUAAUGUUUGCUAUGAGAGAAAACUCUGAAAUGAGUGAAAGUGGCUGUGAAGGCCUCUCAGACUUUAUAGUCAUUUAGUUUGUUGUUUGUUUUUAAUGCACAUUAUAAACUGAUUGUUUGAUACAAAGGGGUAGAUGACAUAAGUUUAUUCUUCUUUCUGCUCCCUUUCUUCAGAAGUUUGGAAAUUUUUGUUUUUGUAUUGUAUUGAAGUGGGGGGUUUUGUGUUUUUUUUUUGUCAACAAUUUUUUUUUUUUUUUUAAGACAAAGAUUGCUUUAUUUAUUAAAAUUUAUUAGUGUAUGGAAGAGAUGUACAACAACAAAAUCAAUGAAAAUAAUAUCCCUCAUAAGGAUGAUUAUGCAAUUUUUUUGCAGAUAAUAGAAAGUUAAGAAACUAAAGAGACAUUUGUGUGUUAAAUGGUGGUAAGUGCAUGAGUGAAAACAGUUAAAAAAACCAGCCCACACUAACUUGAAGGCCUCCUCUAUGAAGUUAUCUGCAGCUGUUUGCAUGUCUGGAGGGGUGAAACUGAAGAGAGAUGUGAUGCAAGAAGUUUGCUAAAAGUGCGGUCACUGAAAUCUGUUUUUGUGUGAGUGCCAGGGGACUGGAAAAGAGAAGUGAUUUUUCUGAGAGACGCAUCUACAAAAAAUUCCCUCCCUUCUAUGACAAAGACGUGACUUUUCAAACACAACGUUCAUUUACGAUUCUGUGAACAACGUGGCAGCACAGAUGUAACGCAUGAGGCGAACGAGGCCUAAAAAGCAAACAUGAAUUUGGAUACGUUGGGGGAUACGUUGGGUAAACUUGCGUCUCCUGCCUCAGCAAAGAUCCGGCAGCUUCAGAAAAUUGUCCAAGACAUCAAGAAAAAUGAUGGCAGCUUCCUCAAUAAACUAAGAAGACUGAAAAGCAAACCAGUUCCAAACGUGCCUGCAAGAGACUACAGAGAUGACAACGGGGAAGAUGAUGACCAGCUGUCUGACCCUGACUAUGAUAAUGACAUGUACGAGGAUCCACGUGAGGAUGACAGCUACGAGCCCCCGCCCAGCCACAGAGCCUUCGCCACAGCUUCCUCUGCUUCCUUCCCACGGGGGGAGUAUCUCGACAGCUGCCGUAACCAGCCCAGCAGGCCCCCCAGGAAGCCCCUCCGCCCAGGCAAAGCCUCCAAACAACUGCCCCCUGAACCCACCCAGGAGGGGAGUGAUGAAGAAGACUACAUAAAUCCAGACGCCAGUAAUGAUGAUGACAACUAUGUAGAACCUGCAGAGAAUCUGCCUGCCAAUAAAAUGUUGCAUGAUGGCAACAGAGCUGGAAGGGACCACCCAGUGCUGCCUACACAGUUACCAGAGCGUCCUCCCAGUCCUGAUUUUUAUGAAGUCCCAGACAAAGAGGAGAAUUCUUCAGCUCCUUCAACAAGCAGAUUGUGUCCAAUCCCAAGAACACAGUCACAUUCUUUACCACCAGUACCAAGCCCCAGGGGGAACAUGAGGAGAUCUCCCCCACCUGUUGAGGAGCCAACAGGUGCCGAUGAAUAUGAAGUUAUCGAUCCAGAUGAGAGUUCCAGUAACAGCCCUGCAGAGGGUCCUCCUCCACGUCUACCCAAACCUUUACCCAGAGAGAGGUCACCAAAACCACCUCCGGGACCGAGGCCAGAUUUAAAACCAAGGGAAUUUGAAAGCAAAUCUCUCCCAGUGGUGCGUACUGAGCAGAAACCUCCUCCAAAGGCUUUUUCACUGGACUUGAAACGACCACAGAUUCCUCUCCCACAGUUUACCUUACCAAAACCAGCUGAGGGAGGAAGUGUUUCAGCUGAAAAUGGGUCAAUACACCAGCAGAAGGAUGCAGAUGUCUAUAUGAAGCCCUGGUAUGCUGCUGCAUGCGACCGAAAGACUGCAUACGACGUCUUGUUCUGCGCAAAUAAAGAUGGAGCGUUUAUGGUGAGGAAGAGCUCUGGUCAGGACGCCCAGCAGCCCUAUACAUUAGUGGUGUUUUAUAAGGGUAGAGUGUACAACAUCCCAAUCCGCUUUAUACCCAGCACUCAGCAGUACGCUCUGGGAAGCGAGAAGAAAGGAGAGGAGUAUUUCAGCAGGGUCUCCCACAUCAUUGAGAACCACCAGAGGACUCCUCUGGUGCUGAUUGACAGUCACAGCAACUCCAAGGACACCACCAAGCUGUGCUACCCUGUCAAGCCCUAGAUGACCUUUACUGAUUGCAGACAGUCCAGUGAUUGGAGCUGUACAUCCCAAUCUGCUGGGUUUACUGUCAGAUUGCUUCUUACAGAAGUCACUGGGGCUGUUGCUCUGUCACAUACCAUCUCACUGGCUCAGCUUAGAAUGAGUUACAUUAAGCCUGAAGUUACAGAGGUUUAAAACGCACACAGAAUGGUAAUUUAGGCUCGAUGGCUGUAUCAGAACAACCUCGGGAGUUGCCCAUUCAGGUGUGUAAGAGAACAUCAUCAGUGCGGACAAUGUCAAGUCUUCUCAGCAUGCACUGGGGCAGAGAAAUGAUCAUAGUUUUCAUCAUCAGACCACAGCUCACUCAGAAGAUAAAGGCAUUUCAGUGAUCCAAACAACACAGGUUCAAACCCAUCUUAAACCUUUAACUGCAGCUAGACUAGUGUGACAGCAGCAGCCCCAUUGUCUGAGGCUUUUCGCCUCCUUCAUGCUGGAUUUUUCCUGCAUUGCUGGCCAAGCAGAGCUAAAAUAGCACCAACGCAGAAGACUUUUCAACUUGUUUUAUUAAGAUGUUUUUUUAAUGCUCAGUCAGUAAACAGUGUAAUAAAAUAUAUGCGAGGAAUGAGUGAAGGAAGCACGUAGACAAAUAAGUUGUUUAUGGCGGCGUUACUUUGGAGCGUGAAAGCUAAAAGGUUGUAUAUUUUGUCUGAAUAAAACUGUUUUCCUGUUUUGUACA